AAUAUACCGCGCCAUAUUGGUUCUUUCCAAAGUCGGCUUUCGUUUUCGAAAUGGCCGAGUCCACAUGUGCGCCAGAGAACCCAACCGUUACUCAUUUUGACGAAAAUGGCUUAUUGCACCGUUCAACACAAAAUACCCAAACAUUACGUUCUCACGCAAAAUGUGAAAAGAUGUUGGAAAGAUCAUGCUGUAAAGGGAAAUACGUUAAAGUGUUGUUAGAUGGCUUAAAAAAACUUGGUUGUGAUAUGGGAUUUGAGGAGAAAAAUAUUGUGUGCGAACCAUGUAAUCCGAAAUUAUACGCAGCAUUUGAUAUCGACAAAAAAGUGGUGGUUGUAUGCGAAAAUAAUUUGCUAAACCAAAAAUUUAUGGACGAUGUUUUAACACAUGAGCUGAUACAUGCUUACGAUGUUUGCCGAGUGAAGUUUGAUAAAGACAAUCUUGAUCAUUUGGCAUGUACUUCUAUACGUGUCGCGAAUUUAUCGGGAGAUUGUUUCUUCUGGAAAGAAAACUUUUUACGUUUCAGAUUUGGAUGGAAAGCGCAGAAACAGGAAUGCGUUCGAGAAAGAGCAGUAAAACACAUGAUGUGUAUAAAAGAUAUACCUGAAGACAUCGCCAGAGAGACUGUUGAGCGCGUUUUUUACGCGUGUUACAACGAUCACGAACCUUUUCCGAAAAUUCCGCCAUUAUAACAAUUAGUAGCUAGCUUUUAUAAUUGUAAAUUGUAUUUAUUAAAUUUUAUACUUAAUAAUAAUAAAUAUAAGUACUGUA